AUACACCCAAAUUUCAAAAUAUUCUCUAAGGUAGAAUAAUUUACUAUUUAUCUUCCUAUUAUGGUUUUGAUACAAGUCUACACAAAGUGCAUAAAAACGAAAUAUAAAGUUCGCCUUCUGUCGAAAGGAACAUUAAUUUUCAUCACAACAACUGCUUUGUCUAUAAUUCUUCCUUUUAUUUUAGCUUACCAAAGCAAAGGCUUUUGGAUGAAACGAGACAUCUUUUAUGAAUUUCCAGAUGUAAGAUUUCAAGGAAAAUACAUAUUUGCAGCUUCAACAAAUAACAUAACUCUUCCUAUAGUUUGCAGUUCUUAUCCAGAAUUGAUGAAAUAUUUCAAAAGCUUUUCAUCAUGUUCACAAAUAAAAGUUCGAGAAAUAGAUUAUAACAAUGAUAAAAUAAUUGACGAAUUAUUUCUAGGGUUAAAGAUAAACCUUCCAGGGAAUAUGGAAAUAUUUUCCUUCACACUGAUGCUUCCUCUCUAUCUUAAAUUACAUACACCUUCAUGUCCUUUGGAAAUGAUAUCAGACAUUAUUCUGCAGCAGCAAAUGCCAAAAAUGUUUUCCAAUUUAACACUAGUAGGAAAUUUGAAUGUGGAACAAUUCUAUCCUUUACAAUGUUCCAGUAAAAAGAUCAAUACAGCUUUCAAUUACUCCUCAGUGAAAGAAGAGCAUAUUCUGAAGAAUUUUAAAAUUGAGAAUAUAAUUCAGAACCAGAAGCGAAAAAACAUAACAACAACAGUUUCAAAUAUGUUGGUGAUUCAAGAAUCGAAGGAUAAAAAUCAUUUCAUGCUCAAUCUAAAGAUCAAAUUCAAUGAACAGCAGUUUUACUAUGAUCCUCAUUUUCUGCAAAUAAUAAAGUGGGCUUGGGUCCAAUAUUACGUAAUAUAUAUAGUAAUCCAAUGCAUAGCCAAAAAAAUCAUGAAUUAUAUCUUUGAAAAUCGUCUAGUUUUGUAUUAUGAAAAGAAACCGAAUAAAAUAGACUGAAAAAUAA